GGCACGUUCCUGGAGUGCCACCCCGACGUGCGCAUCGGGCACCGUUUCCACCGGGGCUGCGUCUCCCGCCUGGGGGGUCUCAUCUUCUGUCCCCACUGCGGCGAGGACGCGUCCGAGGCUCAGGAGGUGACGCUGCCCCGGCCCGAGGGGACCCCCCCGGCCCCCCCGCAGCCCCCCCGGCCCCGCGGGGCGCGGCCCCCGGCCCCCGCGCCCAGGAGGAAGAAGCUCCGUUUCCACCCCCGGCAGCUUUACCUGAGCGUCAAACAGGGGGAGCUGGGCAGGGUCAUCCUGAUGCUGCUGGACAACCUGGACCCGAAUUUCCAGAGCGACGCCCAGAGCAAGCGCUCGGCGCUGCACGCGGCCGCGCAGAAGGGACACCUGGAGAUCUGUCACCUGCUGCUGCAGGCCGGAGCCAACAUCAACGCGGUGGACAAGCAGCGCCGGACGCCGCUGAUGGAGGCCGUCGCCCACGACCAGCUGGAGGCGGCGCGGUACCUGCUGCGCCGGGGGGGCUGCGUCUACAGCAAGGAGGAGGACGGCUCCACCUGCCUGCACCACGCGGCCAAGAACGGGAACCUGGAGAUGGUGGAGCUGCUGCUGGGCACCGGCCAGGUGGACGUCAACGCCCAGGACAACGGCGGCUGGACCCCGAUCAUUUGGGCGGCCGAGCACAAACACAUCGAGGUCAUUCGGCGACUGCUGACCCGAGGGGCCGACGUCACCCUGACCGACAACGAGGAGAACAUCUGCCUGCACUGGGCGUCGUUCACGGGCAGCGCCGAGAUCGCCGAGGUGCUGCUGAACGCUCAGUGCGACCUGCACGCCGUCAACUUCCACGGGGACACGCCCCUGCACAUCGCUGCCAGGGAGAGCUACCAUGAUUGUGUCAGCCUGUUCCUGUCCCGGGGCGCCGAUCCCGAGGUCCGGAACAAGGAGGGCGAUUCCCCCCUGGAUCUGACCCCGGAGCGCUCCGAGGUCUGGGUGGCGCUGCAGCUCAACCGCAAACUGCGGCUGGGGGCGGCCGGGCGCGCCCUGCACACCGAGCGCAUCGUCAGCAGGGACGUGGCCCGCGGCCACGAGAACGUUCCCAUCCCGUGCGUGAACGGCGUGGACGAGGAGCCGUGCCCGCAGGAUUACAAAUACAUCGCGGAGAACUGCGAGACCUCCACCAUGAACAUCGACCACAACAUCACCCACCUGCAGCACUGCACCUGCCAGGACGAUUGUUCCUCUUCCAACUGCCUGUGCGGGCAGCUGAGCAUCCGCUGCUGGUACGACAAGGACGGGCGGCUGCUGCAGGAGUUCAAUAAAAUCGAGCCCCCCCUGAUUUUCGAGUGUAACCAGGCCUGCACCUGCUGGAGGAGCUGCAAGAACCGCGUGGUGCAGAGCGGCAUCAA